AAUGGUCUUCGUUUUCUCUUUUUUUUCUUUUUUUGUGGUCUGUAGGCUGUAACUGUAAGCUGUUUUGAAACGCCAUGAACACUGUUGCUACAGCUGCAGCUCUCUCUUUGCCAAUUUCUUUCUGUAGAACAUCUAAAUUUUACUCUAAAAAGGAGGUGAGGACCGGGUUUGGGGUGUUUGCGGUGAUUGGGGGGGAAGGUGGGGUGCUGGAUAAGAAGAGUGCAUGGAGUACACUUUUUGAUGUGGAGGAUCCAAGAUCGAGGAUGCCACAAUUAAAAGGGAAGUUCUUGGAUGCAUAUCAAGCACUUGAAGUGGCUAGAUAUGAUAUUCAGUACUGUGACUGGCGAGCUCGACAAGAUGUUCUUACCAUCAUGCUACUUCAUGAAAAGGUUGUAGAAGUUCUGAAUCCUUUAGCUCGCGAUUUUAAGUCUAUUGGCACGUUGAAGAAGGAACUUGCGGGACUGCAAGAAGAAUUAUCACAAGCUCACCAACAGGUUCAUCUGUCUGAAGCAAGGGUUUCUACUGCCCUAGAUAAGCUAGCUGACAUGGAAGUAUUGAUUAAUGAUAGGCUAUUGCCAGAUAGAAGCACAACAGAGACUGAGCAAUCAUCACCUUCUACGAGUACUUCUACUCAGUCACAGGAUAAUGUACAGAGGAAAUCGUCCCGGAAAAGCUUGAUUGUCUCAGGUCCAGUUCAACCAUACCAUUCUAACCUCAAGAAUUUCUGGUACCCUGUUGCAUUCACCACUGAUAUGAAGGAUGACACCAUGAUUCCAAUCGAUUGCUUUGAGGAACCGUGGGUUUUAUUUCGAGGUAAAGAUGGGAAACCUGGAUGCAUCCAAAAUACAUGUGCACAUAGAGCAUGUCCUCUUCACCUUGGUUCCGUAAACGAGGGUCGAGUUCAGUGUCCUUACCAUGGGUGGGAGUACACAACGGACGGACAAUGUGAGAAAAUGCCGUCGACAAAAAUGCGUAGCGUAAAGAUAAAAUCAUUGCCAUGUUUUGAGCAAGAGGGAAUGAUAUGGGUUUGGCCUGGCAGUGACCCUCCAGCAGUAACAAUUCCUUCAUUACGGCCUCCCGCUGGUUUUCAAAUCCAUGCUGAGAUUGUCAUGGAACUUCCGGUGGAACAUGGCCUACUUUUGGAUAAUCUCUUAGACCUUGCACAUGCUCCUUUUACUCAUACAUCAACCUUUGCAAAGGGUUGGGCUGUUCCGAGUUUGGUAAAAUUCUUAACGCCGGCAUCCGGGUUCCAAGGAUACUGGGAUCCCUAUCCAAUCGAUAUGGAAUUCCGACCACCUUGUAUGGUAUUAUCAACCAUUGGGAUCUCAAAACCUGGAAAACUGGAGGGUAAAAGUACAGCGCAAUGUGCAACUCAUCUUCAUCAGCUCCAUGUUUGCUUGCCUUCUUCAAGAAACAAGACUAGACUAUUAUACAGAAUGUCACUCGAUUUCGCUCCAAUGUUAAAGCAUAUUCCUUUCAUGCAUCUUCUAUGGAGACAUUUCGCAGAACAGGUACUAAAUGAGGAUCUACGGCUUGUGCUUGGGCAGCAAGAGAGGAUGAUUAAUGGUGCAAAUGUAUGGAAUUUACCAGUUUCUUAUGAUAAACUAGGAGUAAGGUAUAGGCUAUGGAGAGAAGCUAUUGAAAGCGGAGCAAAGGGGAUUACUUUCGGCAAAUCAACGUAAAAAUGCACUCUGAGAAUGGAUUUUAACUCGUUGUGAUGCUCUUAAAAGUAUCAACCUUUCUCUUCCAACUUAACAGUUCUGGAGUUGGCUUGCAAAUAAUCAACCACCGGUAGGCUGCUGUGCACAAUUCGGCUUUAGUCUGUCGAAAAAGAAUGUUGUUGGACAUUGAGGCAGAGAGGUUGGUUCUGCAUAUAAUUCCUUGACAAGAUAAAAGGAGAAACUGUACACUUCCUUUUAUUGAUUUUGUGUACAUUAUGAUUCUUUUUGUUUACUUUUUUUUUUUUUUGAUCUGUUUCAAAACCGAAGAAGCCAAGAGUGUUUGAAAAGAUUGAACUCUGUUGUAUAUUAAACAUCAUAUCUAAUGAAAUUGCAAAUUUUCAA